AUGUUCUUGCAGACGCUCCUCUUCUUGCUUCUGCUCGACAUAGCUCGGGCAGAGACGUUCCUGCCGAACGAUGCACCACCUGGACCUAUCGUUGACGUAGGAUAUGCCUCUUUCCUGGGCAACGACUCUAUCCCUGGCGUGGAAUUUUUUGGAGGCAUACGAUAUGUACAACCACCUCUGGGGGAUCUCCGAUGGCGCGUUCCUCAAAUUUUUAAUGAGACGCCCAGGGAGCACAACAUAACUGACGCAAGGACAUGGGGCUCAAUCUGUAUGCAGCAGCCCGCUGAAGUAGGGUUUGGUUCCGAGGACUGCCUGACAUUGAACAUUUGGAAGUCGUCGACUACUCAAGCAGGGGAUAACCUCCCUGUGGCGCUUUACAUCCAUAGCGCACAAGGCUUCCCCAUGAACACAUGGAUUACUGAGAAUAAUGGAUCCAUUGUUGCCGUCAAUAUCCAAUACCGACUAGGGCUGUGGGGUUUCCUCGCCUCCUCGGUCGUGCACGAGGAUGGAGAUUUGAACGUGGGGCUGUUGGACCAACGAGCUGCACUCGACUGGGUCAGACGGCACAUCUACAGCUUCGGCGGUGACCCCGCCCAGAUCACAGUAGCCGGACAAAGUGCAGGCUCCGCGGACAUAGUACACCAAAUGGUAUCGUACGGCGGUCAAGGGGAGCCGCCGUUCCAAGCUGCCAUCGCAGAGAGCAUCGGAAUGGAUCCGUUUCUCACAAGCGAGCAAUAUGAGUACUGUUUUGCAAAUGCCACAGCAAUAGCCGGUUGUACGUCAGUCAUCAAUAACAGCUCGGAGGUCAUGUCCUGCAUGCGAGCCGCGCCCCUCUCUGCUCUGGUUGCAGCAGUCAACAAUCGCCCGUCUGGCUGCAGCUAUCUCCCUAUUGUUGAUGGGUCUUUCCUGCCUGACCUCCCGACUCGUUUACUAACUCGAGGAGAGUUCCACAAAAUGCCUUUCAUCGGAGGUCAUGUCACGGAUGAUGGCUCUAUCUUCGUUGAAAAUCCUGCGGACUUCACGAACACUACCGAGGAAUUCAUGGCCGCCCUCAGGAAACGAUACACGUUCCUGUCGAAUACGACGGCGGAGCGGAUGAUUGAACUAUACCCCGAGAGCGACUUCCCAUCUCAGUGGGAAAGAGCAAAGACUGCGUUCGGCGAUACUGUGUUCACGUGCAUGGACUGGUAUAUCGCAAGUCUGCUGAUAGCUGAAGGCAGGACAGAUGUCUACAACUAUCGAUUCAAUACUCCAGACCCGGUGCAGCUCGCUGCGAAUCCGUGGGAGGGCGUGAUGCAUACUUCAGAGCUGUUCUUCCUCUUCCAAGGUACCAAUUCUGGUCCAAGUCCAAGUGACCCUGUUGCGAGGUUCGCUCCCUUUAAUGCUUCAGAACAGGUGCUUUCGACGGAAACGAUCGGAUAUUGGACAAGUUUCGCGCGUGCUUACAAUCCGAAUACCUACAAGCCACUCGCAUCGUCUCCGGAGUGGCUGAAUGCGGCGAGCCUCGCACGACUGGUAAAUCAAGAGGGAAAUACGACCUCUACGGAGUCACAUAUGGAGCAGCAGGAAACGAGAUAUAUUGAACGAUGUCUUUUCUGGAUGGCGGUUGGUAACGAUACCAGGGUGUGA